CUAUCAGAGCUCUUAGGAGGGUAACUGGCUCAGAACAGUGUACUACUGUAAGAGCCCGAGAAUCUGAGGAAAAUACUAAACGAAGCAUUUCGCUUUACUUUUGCAUAACUCUGAAUGGUUAUUUUUACGGUUGCAGACGCUUGUUAAGACAUGAACCGAGAUGCUGCGUGGACGUAAAACAACCGUUAUUUAAAGGUCUUUUAAAUGUUGUAAUGAGGAUACAAAAACAUGAGUGAACUGAGGAGAAACGCUAUCCGGAGGAAGUCAAAGCCGAAGCGGAGAGCAGGCUUGCCGGUGAAGAAUUGCCCGGAAUCCGCAGAUAAAGCCAGUAAUCCCAGCUGUUUUCCCUCCAAACAAUGUGAUGAAGAGGAACCUUGUGUUGGGGUGAAGAUCCCUCAGAGCAAAGCCGUUGCUAGCCAUAUUCCUAAUGAGCAAGAUCAUCGCAGUGAGAAGUUGAGUCAUGGUUGUAGAUACAGCAAAAAGAGCGUUACUGGAGUAAAUGGAAGAGUUUCAGGCCGACGGAUUCCACCCCAUCUCAAACCACAAGUGCCUCCUAAGCCACCACACCUUCAGAGUACGGUGACGGAAGUCUCCUUUCCUCUGGCUGCUGGAACGUCACCCAUCGAUCCCAGCAUGGAGGGGGGAGGAGUAGGAGGAGCAAAAGGGAGGGGCCUAGUGUCCAACCUCAUCAGUCACUUUGAGGAGAACAGUCACACAGACAGUCGGAGGGAGGGCGCUCCUCUGAAGCAGGUCAGCAGAUCUCCCAACUGCAGCCCGGCUCGCAAAAACUACCAGAGACAGACGGAGCAGCCCACAGACUCCAGCUCUGCUGCGAACAGCCCAGAUCAUGCUCUCAAACCCCCCAAUGGGGUUCUAAACCAAAAGAACAAAGAACAGGACUUUAAUCAGGACAUGGAUGAAAUUACACAUGACACAGCUCCGGUUGAGAGGAUAGACAGCCAGGGACUGCUGAAUGGAGAUGACGGCGAUGGGGCUAAGAAGGAAAUUAUGGAAGAGGACUGUGUAGACCCGCCUCACGCUCACACAGAACAGGCCGAGGAGGAGAGGAAAGAGCCAGAGCAGCAUGACGUUGUGAUGAACAGCAUCCCAGAGCAGAAGGAAACCAAUGAGCAGAAACUCUACAAGAUAGUAAAUGAACUUCUGCAGACAGAGAAGGCUUAUGUUGCACGACUCAACUUGCUAGAUAAGGUGUUUUAUGCCAAGCUGAUAGAAGAAGCCAGAAAAGAUACGUUCCCUGUGGAUGUGGUGAAAAACAUCUUUUCCAACAUCUCUUCCAUUCAUACCUUCCACAGCCAGUUCCUUUUGCCUGACCUGGAAAAACGCAUGGGAGAAUGGACGGAAACACCUCGCAUUGGGGACAUCCUACAGAAACUCACUCCCUUUCUAAAGAUGUACGCUGAAUAUGUGAAGAACUUUGAUCAUGCCAUGGAUCUCCUGAAGCAGUGGACAGAUCGAUCACCUCCGUUUAAAGCCAUCAUUCUGGAAAUCCAGCGUCAGGAAGUAUGUGGCAGUCUGUCCUUGCAGCACCACAUGUUGGAGCCCGUUCAGAGAGUGCCACGGUACGAGAUGCUGCUCAAAGACUAUCUGAAGAAACUUCCUCAGGAUCACAUAGACCAGCGGGAUGCCGAAAAGUCAUUAGAGAUCAUUGCCACGGCUGCCACUCAUUCCAACACCGCCAUUAGGAAAACAGAAAACCUUAAGAAAUUGCUGGAGAUUUAUGAGAUGCUGGGAGAGGAAGAGGACAUUGUGAACGCCUCAAAUGAGUUAAUAAAGGAGGGUCAUAUUCUAAAACUGGCAGCCAGAAACACUUCAGCCAUGGACAGAUAUCUCUUCCUGUUCAACAACAUGCUGCUGUACUGCGUUCCCAAGUUCAGCUUGGUGGGACAGAAGUUUACGGUCCGCACACGUAUCGGGAUUGAAGGCAUGAAGGUGAUGGAGACAUACAAUGAGGAUUAUCCUCACACCUUUCAGGUUUCCGGAAAGGAACGGACACUGGAGCUGCAGGCCAGCUCUGAACAGGAUAAAGAAAGCUGGAUAAAGGCAUUCCAGAACACAAUAGACAUCUCCCUCCAGAAAAAUGAGACCUUUAAGUCAGCAUUCAAAGAUGUGGAGGAAGUUACGGAUCUUAAGAUAUCAGAGCUGGGUAAAAGAGCCCCUCGCUGGAUCCGAGACAAUGAGGUGACCAUGUGCAUGAAGUGCAAAGAAGCCUUUAACGCCAUCACACGCAGGAGACAUCACUGUCGGGCCUGCGGAUACGUGGUCUGCUGGAAGUGUUCAGACUACAAAACCACUCUGGAAUAUGACGGGAAUAAGAUGAGCAAGGUGUGCAAAGACUGUUUCUGCAUCCUGACCGGCCAUAUAGACAGCGAGGAGAGGGAGGGCAAGAAGAAGGGCAUUCUAGAGAUUGAAGCUGCUCAGUUCUCGGGCAACAGUAUCAUGUGUGGCUUCCUGCAGUACUGCGAGAAGAACAAGCCAUGGCAGAAAGUCUGGUGUAUCAUUCCUCAAAAAGAAGCUCUAGUUCUCUACUUGUACAGAGCACCUCAGGAUGUCAAGGCCCAGUCCUCGAUUCCUCUGCUCGGCUACCAGGUGGAGGACAGCCCAAGACCCACCGACCCUCCCGCGAGCUUCAGAAUCUCUCAGUCGAAAUCAGUCCACAGCUUUGCAGCAGAGAGCGAGGAACUGAAACAGCGCUGGCUCAAAGUGAUACGUAUGGCAGUGACAGGAGAGGUACCAAAAUCGCCUGAAGAACACCAUUCUACGGAAAUCCCCCAAGAGCCGAGCUCUAAUGGCGUCUGAGCAAAGAGAGCAAACUCUUGUUGAAGAUUUUAGUACUGACGUGGCAAUGCUGUCGGUAAGAAGAGUGUUUACGCUCCCGCUUGCUGCGCCAUCACUGCUGGUCCAGUUGUUCUAAAGAUCCAUUUGGAUUCGAACACAUCCAGAAAGCAUAUGGAUAUCAGCUUCAUUCUUACCUGAGAGAUUUGAAGUUCACAAAGGAUGCAAACGGAGCACAUGUGAACACAUGGAGAAACAGACAUGCUAUUCCAUCAUCACACUAUACUACAGCUGACGCAGCACUGUUUUUAGCCUAAUGUAAAAAUUGUACAAUUCAGAACAUUAACAUGUUGUAUGUAUAGUAUAUUGAGGCAAAAAUCCAGAUGUGUCGACACCAUUUAAAAAAAAUAA